AUGCCUACUGCAUGUCACAAACCACAGUGUCACUCAACCCAUAUAGCUAAUGAUCAAAAAAUUCAACGAAAUGUUUUUAGGACAUUAGUGACAUCAGAAAUGUUAAGUCAAGUGUUCUUUAGUUCCUUGGCACCUACCAAUUUAUAUGUUUUUAUAAAAAAGAAAAACCUUGAAAUCCAGGAAGAUGUACUUAAUGGUGACAAUUUCAUUUCAACAAGUGGAUGUAGAAUACCAAGAAAUUCAAAAAUAGUGGUAUUGGAUUUCAGGAGUGACAACUCUGAGAAUGUUUCAUGCUGUAGUGACUUUCAAGUUUUUGGUGAAUCAAUAAGCCAGAAUUUCAAAGAUUUACAAAUAGAGGAUAUGCUGAAAGAUAACGAAGAUGAAUUUAAUGAAAUUGAAUCAACAGAUGAUACAAAAUGGUAUCAAUCGAGUUAUGUGAUGAAGGGAUUCAAAGACUGCGUUGUGAAUGGAACUUCUGUUACCACAUCAUGGCAAGAAUGA